AUGUGUGAUGUGCUAGUGCCACAGACUCAGCUGUUCCCCUCAGGCUUCUGGUUGGGAGAGGUGCUGGUGUGCUGGCAGGCGGGCACUACCCCCUGGCACAUCUUCCCCGUCAUCUCCCUGUACCUGAUGAGCGAAAACCACAACCAGUCCUUCCGCAUCUCCAUCCUGCCACAGCAGUACCUGCUACCUGUAGAGGGCAUGGGCCUGCCGCACGAGGACUGCUACAAGUUUGCCGUGUCCCAGUCCAGCACAGGUACCGUCAUGGGUGCCGUCAUCAUGGAGGGCUUCUAUGUGGUGUUUGACCACCAAAACAAGCGCAUCGGCUUCGCUGUCAGCACUUGCCAUGGUGAGGAAUAAAGGGCAAAAACAAUUGUUUAUCGUGAUCAUUUGUAUUGUAUGAGUCUAUUUCAGUGCUACACCAUGUCAAGGUCAAGUCAAGUCAACUUUAUUUAUAUAGCGCAUUUC